CUUCACUCGCAAUUGCACUCGCGCAAAAAGAGAGAGAGAGAGAGAUGGCAUUAACAGAGAAGCAAGAGGUACUGGUGAAGGAGUCAUGGGGGAUACUGAAGCAAAACGUUCCUGAGUACAGCAUUCGCUUGUUCUUGCGGAUAAUGGAGGUCGCCCCGCAAGCCAAGAACAUGUUCUCCUUCCUCAGAGAUUCGGACGAGAUCCCCCAGAACAACCCCAAGCUCCAAGCUCAUGCCAUGAAGGUCUUCAAGUUGACGUGCGAAUCGGUCGUCCAACUCCGUGAGUGUGGCGCGAUUGCAAUCGCGGGUUCGGCUAUGAAGCACUUGGGCUCCGUUCAUCUCAGGAUUGGAGUCACCGGUCGCGACUUCGAUGUGGUGAGAGAUGCGCUGCUGAGGACGAUCGAAGAGGCAGUGGGAGAGAAGUGGAGUGAAGAGAUGGAGGGUGCAUGGGGCGAAGGCUAUGACCAGUUGGCUGCAGCCAUCCAAGCAGAAAUGAAGGACGAUGCAGCCCCGACCGCUAAUUAACCAUUCGGAUUUUUAUUAGGUUUACUGCCGGUCCGAGGUAUAUGAUCUUGUUUAAUGUAUGGAGAGUGUGCGUGCUUGUGAUAGGGUAAUUUUGUUAUGGUUUUUUGUAUCACGCUCUUGUGACAUAUGAAAUAAUUGGGUUAGUCACCCGUGUGUCGAGAAUUAUAGUGAGAUCAUCUCUCUUAUCUCCA